AUGACCGCGCUUUACGACCCACAAUCCGUCGAGGCCCGCAAGGCCCGCUACUCUCGCGAGCUUGCGGCGUACACUCUACGCCAGUGGGACAUGGCCCAGCAGGCGGGCAACGAGGGGACGCCACCGCUCGGCGAGCCCGCCGACGCGCGGAGGACGGUCGCGGUCGACUUCGGCGCCUCGCGACUCGGACAGGACCGCGAGGCUGCGUCAGGGCCCGCACCGGCAGGCUAG